AUGUGUUACAUUAAAACAGACAUAAUAUUAAUAUCCUCUGUGUUAUUUCUAGAUUCAGAUGAGCUUGCUGUGAUUUGCCAACGUGAACUCAAAUCUAAUCUAAAGAAGAAGUUUCAAUGUGUAUUUGAGGGGAUCGCUAAACAAGGAAACCCAACACUUCUCAAUAAGAUCUACACAGAGCUCUACAUCACAGAGGGUGGAACAGGAGAGGUCAAUAAUGAACAUGAGCUGAGACAGAUUGAGACAACAACCAGGAAACAAGAGACUGCAAUCAAAUGUAAUGACAUCUUCAAACCCUUAACUGAACAAGACAAACCUAUCAGAACUGUGCUGACAAAGGGAGUCGCUGGCAUUGGAAAAACAGUCUCUGUGCAGAAGUUCAUUCUGGACUGGGCUGAAGGAAAAGCAAAUCAGGAUGUCCAAUUUGUAUUUUCAUUCCCUUUUCGGGAGCUGAAUUUGAUGAAAGGGGACAAACACACUUUCAUUGAACUUCUCAAUCACUUCUCAAUGGAAACCAAACAAUCAGGAAUCUCCAUUUUCAACAAGUACAAAGUUCUGUUCAUCUUUGAUGGUCUGGAUGAGUGCCGACUGCCCCUAGACUUCCAGAACAACAAGAUCUGUUGGGACGUCACAGAGAGAACCUCAGUGGAUGUUCUGCUGACAAAUCUCAUCAAGGGAAAUCUGCUUCCCUCUGCUCUCAUCUGGAUAACUACCCGACCUGCAGCAGCCAAUAAGAUCCCUUCAGGGUGUGUUGACCAGGUGACAGAGGUACGAGGGUUCAAUGACCCACAGAAGGAGGAGUACUUCAGGAAGAGAUUCAGUGAUGACGACCUGGCCAACAGAAUCAUCUCACACAUAAAGACAUCAAGGAGCCUCCACAUCAUGUGCCACAUUCCAGUCUUCUGUUGGAUUUCUGCAACAGUCCUUGAACACAUGCUGAAACAUAAGAGAGAAGAGAUGCCCAAGACUCUGACUGAGAUGUACACACACCUUGUGGUGUUUCAUACCAAACAGAAGAAUGACAAGUAUCCUGGGAAAGAAGAGACAGGUCCACACUGGAAUAAAGAGAGCAUUCUGUCACUGGGAAAACUGGCUUUUCAACAGCUUGUGAAUGGCAAUCUGAUUUUCUAUGAAGAAGACCUGAAAGAGGCUGGCAUUGAUGUCAAUGAAGCCUCAGUGUACUCAGGAUUGUGCACACAGCUCUUUAAAGAGGAAUGUGGGCUGUACCAGGACAAGGUGUACUGCUUUGUUCAUCUGAGCAUUCAGGAGUUUCUGGCUGCUGUAUAUGUGUUCCUCUCAUUCAUCAACAACAAUCAGAAUCUAAUGGACGAACCUCAAUCAAUGUUCAGAUACUUUUUGUCGCUGUUCAGAGAGAAGCCUAAAGUUACUGAAGUUACUUUCUACAAGAGUGCUGUGGAUAAAGCCUUACAAAGUGAGACGGGAAACCUGGACCUUUUCCUCCGCUUCCUUCUGGGACUCUCAAUGGAGUCCAAUCAGAAGCACUUACGAGGUCAACUGACAAAUACAAGAAGCAGCUCACAGAGUCAUGAAGAAACAGUCAAGUACAUCAAGGAGAAGAUCGGGGAGAAUCCCUCUCCAGAGAGGAGCAUCAAUCUGUUCCACUGUCUGAAUGAACUGAAUGACCAUUCUCUAGUGGAGGAGAUCCAAAGAUACCUGAGAUCAGGAAGUCUCUCAAAACCCAAACUGUCCCCUGCACAGUGGUCAGCUCUGGUCUUUGUGUUGCUGACUUCAGAAAAGGAGCUGGAUGUGUUUGACCUGAAGAAAUACUCCAGAUCAGAGGAAGGUCUUCUGAGGCUGCUGCCAGUGGUCAAAGCCUCCAGAGCUGCUCUGCUGUCAGACUGUGGAGUCACAGAGGAAGGCUGUGCUUCUCUGGUCUCAGCUCUGGAGUCAAACCCCUCACACCUGAGAGAGCUGGACCUGAGUAACAAUGACCUGAAGGAUUCAGGAGUGAAGCUGCUCUCUGCUGGACUGGGGAAUCCCCACUGUAAACUUGAGACUCUGAGGCUGUCAGGCUGUCUAGUCACAGAGGAAGGCUGUGCUUCUCUGGUCUCAGCUCUGAGGUCAAACCCCUCACACCUGAGAGAGCUGGACCUGAGCUACAAUCACCCAGGAGACUCAGGAGUCAGACUGCUCUCUGCUGGACUGGAGGAUCCACACUGCAGACUGGAGAAACUCAAUGUGGAACAUGGUGGAGAGAACAGAAUGAAACCUGGACUUAGAAAAUAUGUCUGUGAUCUCACACUGGACCCAAACACAGUAAACAGACACCUCUCUCUGUCUGAGGAGAACAGAAAGGUGACAUGGAGGAGAGAGAAGCAGCCGUAUCCUGAUCACCCAGAGAGAUUUGAGGACUGGGGACAGGUGCUGUGUAGAGAGGGUCUGACUGGGCGCUGUUACUGGGAGGUAGAGUGGAGUGGGAGAGGGGCUGUUAUAGGAGUGACAUAUAAAGGAAUCAACAGGACAGGAAAGGGAGAUGACUGUUGUCUUGGAUGUAAUGACAAGUCUUGGAGUUUGAUCUGCUCUGACAACAGUUACUCUGCCUGGCACAAUAAUAAUCCCACUACCAUAGACGUCCCCUCCUCCAGCUCCCACAGAGUAGUAGUGUAUCUGGACUGGCCAGCCGGCACUCUGUCCUUCUAUAGAGCCUCCUCUGACUCACUCACCCACCUGAUAACAUUCACCUCCACGUUCACUGAGGCCCUCUAUCCUGGGUUUGGGGUUUCUUUUGAUGGCGACUCAGUGUCCCUGUAAAUAAUAAAUAAAUAAUAAUAAUAUACACACACACACACACACACACACACACAAACACAAACACACACUGGACUGAAACACACUGGACACACACACUGGACAGACACACACACACACACACACACACACACUUGACUGAAGCACACUGGACACACACACUGGACAGACACACACACACACACACACACUGGACAGACACACUGGACAGACACACACACACAAACACACACUGGACUGAAACACACUGGACACACACACUGGACAGACACACACACACACACACACACACACUGGACACACACACUGGACAGACACACACACACAAACACACACUGGACACACACAUUGGAAACACACACACACACCGGACUGAAACACACUGGACACAAACACAAACUGGACACACACACACACACACUGGACACACACAUUGGAAACACACACACACACACACACACACUGGACACACACAUUGGAAACACACACACACACAGGACACACACACACAGAUAACACACACACACACACACAGAUACUGGACACACACACACACAGGACACACACACACACACACUGAACAAACACACUCACUGGAAACACACACAGACACACACACAUACACUGGACACACACACACACAGGACACACACACAGACACUAGGACACACAAACACUAGGACACACACACACAUACAUUUGAAACACACACAAACACACACACGCACACACAUACACACUGGACACAUACACAGGACAAACACACACACACACACACACUGGACACGCACACACACACACACAGAACACACACACACUGGACACACACACACACACAGACACUGGACACACACUGGACACACACACACACUGGACACACACACUGGACACACACACACAGACACUGGACUGAAACACACAGGACGCACACACUGGACAUACACACUCAGACACUGGACUGAAACACACAGGACACACACACUGGACAUACACACUGGACACACACACUGGACACACACACUCAGACACUGGACUGAAACACACAGGACACACACACUG